AUGUUGAUGCAGGUCAACAAUAACGGUGUCAUCUCGUUCUUGGAAAGAGUUUCUCAAUAUACCCCUUAUCCGUUUCCACUCGCUGACGGCCGACGACUUUUGACUCCAUUCUGGGCUGAUGUUGACACGCGUAAUGGCGGAACUUUAUCCUAUCGACAAGUCUUACGAUUCACCCAAAACGACGGCAUAUUCCUCGAAGCUGAUGAAGUGAUAAGAGCAUCAUUUGUUGACAUGAGAGACUUUGUGUCGUCAUGGAUGUACAUCGCGACCUGGGACAGCGUAGCUUUCUUUGGUGCUUUUGAUACCUCCAUCAGGAAUUCCUUUCAAGCUGUGAUGGUGACAGAUGGCGGACACUCCUUCGCCAUCUUUAAUUACGGUGAUAUCAACUGGACAACAGGAGCUGCCAGUGGUGGUAAUCGUGAUAAAGGUGUUGGUGGUAUCCCAGCUCAGGUUGGAUUCAACGCUGGUGACGGAGUGACCUUUUACAGUGUCCCUGGAUCUCAAACAGCAGCCGUCGCCGAUAUCGAAACGACAUCGAAUAUCGGUGUACCUGGAAGAUGGGUGUUCAGGACAGACAACUCCAAAAUCGAAGGACUAGAAUGUACAACCUCCGGUGUGUAA